UUAAAUUAGCUAUUUUACCUGUUGAAGAAGAAUUUUUAACACUAGAUCAUUUUCAAUAUUUACGUGGAAAUUUCGCAAAAGUUUAUCGAGAAUUAAAUGUGAACUUGUAUGAUUUAGUGAUUCAUUAUCAGACAAGUUGGAAUACUAAGUGUGCAAUAUGAAAAUCUAGUGAAAUUCGCAAUUUAUGCUUUUUGCUGUUUUUGGUACAACCAUCUUUCGAUUUAACUCAUUUUUCUGACGAAAGCUCACUAGUUUCACUACAUACUGAGUAUUAAUAGUGAACAGCAUAUCAAAAAUUUCAAUUUGCUACAAUUUAAAAUAAAAGCAAGUGCCGAAAAAGUAUUUUAAUCAAAUUGAUCAAUAUUCGUCAUCAUAAAAUAAAUCGUAAAAGAAGUCUUAAGGUAUGCAACAGUUGCGCGAGUAUCAAACCACAUAAACAGCACAGAGAAAUAGUAAAGCUGCGAGAAAAAAUGAGAAGAAUGAAAAAAGUUUUUAGUUGAGUUUUGGCAUUCGGUCGUUCAAGUCGUGGUUCGACUUUCGUGUUUGAAUAUAUUAUUUUUGCAAAUAAGAUAAUAAGUCUUAAUCGUGUUGGAGAAAAAGUCAAAAAGUGAAUUUACCCAAAUGAAUUGAAUUAUUUUUGAAUGAGAAAGCAUAAGAGAAAUUUUUUUAUGACCACUCACAACAAAUUCAAAUUAGUGCAAGAAAAUAAAAAGAGCUUAAAUGCAAGUGUAAUUCAACAGUGAUAUGAAUAAAUCUGUUAAUUUUAUAUAAAGUAAAAAAAACGCAACAUAAAAGAGAGUUUUUUGUGUGGAAUAAACGAGGAACAAGAAGUGCAUUAAAAAAAUGUAUCGACCUAAUUUUUAUGAAUCGACUUGUUUACGAUGCAGCGAAACAGUUUAUCAAGUGGACAGGAUUGGCCCAUUAAAGGAUUUUACAUUCUAUCACACAGGAUGUUUCAAAUGUAAAGCAUGCGGAUCUAAGUUAACGCUCAAAACAUAUUUUAAUAAUCAACAUAAUAGCGAGGAUAAAGAGGUUUAUUGCAUGUCACAUGUUCCAAAAAGUGGACCAGGUCAUUUUGAUCAAAAUUCAGUAGGAAUACGACAGGCACUGAAUGUGCCCAAAAGUACAAAUCUAAUAAAUGAUCAAAUUCGCGGCAGUAGUCGAGAUCAAUUUGAUGGCAUCCAACGUCAAAUGACUCCUAAUGGUCACAAUGGAAAUGGCAAUUCCGUACGAGAUCAUGUUUCACCAUCAUAUAACGAUUCAUCUGACUACAAAUAUGGACGAUUUGAUGCAAGCGCCUUACACAUAGCACACGCUCUCAAACAAACCGAGAUACAAAAAUCAUAUAAUAAGGCACGAGAAAAACCAAUCGACCAAUAUUUGGCACGUGAAGAACAAGCUCGCUUGGAGAUGAAGCAUCGCAAAGAAGAAGACGAUUUGUAUCGACGUUUUGCAAAGAAACGUGAAGAUGAGGAGCGAAGAAUGCAAAAUGAGAUACAGGAUGAGUGGGAGCGUGAAUUGCAACGUUUAACACACAAAUUUGAGAAGGAAAUCUCAUCAAAAAGAUCGCGCGAUGAACAGAACGUUUUAACGCUACGCCACCAACAACAGAAAGAUGAUUUAGAGAAAAAUAUGACGCUACGUAAAACAAAGAAAAAAGAAAGCUUAACGAGAAAGAUUCUUGAGAGUGAACGGUCAGAAACUGCUGCGUUGGUGGAUAAGCAAUCAAGCGAGAUGUUGGAAUUGAUCAGUGCGCGUCGUAGUGAAUAUAUGCAAAGCGAAAGUAUAUUUUUAGAUGAUGAUGAGUAUCCUAAUACAGCAGAGUAUCCAUUAGUUGCACCGAAACCAUCACCGCCAUUACUUAGCAAAUUCCAAAUAUAUGCCGAUCCAGUUGAAUUCCAUGAUGUUGAUCAAAUUGCUAUAUCUGUCGCACAGAAUGAUCAGAAGACAUUUACUGAUUUGGUACGACAAUUAAUUGCUCACUGCACAAGUGAUGUUGAAAAGGCGAGAACAAUUUUCCGGUGGAUAACUGUGAAAAAUUUGAAUACGAUGCAUUUUGACGAUGAUUUGCGUGGUGACACUCCAAUGGGUUUACUUCGUGGUAUUAAAUAUGGCACAGAAAGUUAUCAUGUGCUUUUUAAGCGACUUUGCUCAUAUGCUGGUCUUCAUUGUGUUGUUAUUAAAGGAUAUUCAAAAAGUGCUGGAUACCAGCCUGGUGUCAAAUUUCAGGAUUCACGUUUUAGGAAUUCUUGGAAUGCUGUUUAUGUUGCUGGUGCUUGGCGAUUUGUCCAGUGUAACUGGGGAGCUCGUCAUCUAGUAAAUGCCAAGGAGGCACCAAAAACAAGCAAAGGCAAAAAUGAUAGCUUGAGAUACGAAUACGAUGAUCAUUAUUUCCUGACAGAUCCACGUGAAUUUAUUUAUGAAUUCUUCCCGUUACAAGAGGAAUGGCAACUACUCAAGCGACCAAUUUCACUACGGGAAUUCGAAAAUUUACCAUUUGUACGAUCAUUAUUCUUCAGAUAUGGUCUACAUUUUGCUGAUGAAGGAUACGGUGCUGUUGUUUACACAGAUGAUACUGGAGCAGCAACUGUUAGAAUAGCCAUGCCUAAUGAUAUGCAAAGCUGUUUAAUAUUCCAUUACAACUUAAAGUUUUAUGAUAGCGAUGAAGACUCUUUCGAUGCUGUAUCACUAAAGAGAUUCGUUAUGCAAUCAGUUAUUGGUAAUAUUGUUGCAUUUCGUGUUCACGCUCCAUGCUCCGGUGCUUUUCUAUUGGACAUUUUUGCUAAUGCUGUUACACCGCAAGAAUACUUGACGGGCGAACCAAUGAAAUUUAAAUCAGUUUGUAAAUUUAAAAUAUGUUGUGAGGAGUUACAGACUGUAAUGGUUCCUUUGCCUGACUGUGCCUCGGGCGAAUGGGGUCCAACUAAAGCUACACGCUUAUUCGGAUUGGUUCCCAGUACACAUCAGGAACCUUUAAUAUUUGCUAGCCGUGUGUUGGAGAUACAGUUUAGAAUGUCUCGCGCUUUAACAGAUUUUAUGGCCACUUUACAUAAAAAUGGAAUCGAAGAGAAGAAACUGUCCAAAUUUGUUCAGCACAAUGUCGUCGAUGAUACUGUGACAUUUACAAUCAAUUUCCCAGAAGAAGGACAGUAUGGCUUAGACAUCUACACAAGAGAAGUCGGCAAUAACAUGCAUCACAACAGUUCGAGUGAGAAGCACUUGCUGACACAUUGUUGCAAAUAUUUGAUUAAUUCUAGCAGGAGAAAUUAGCUUAACAGAUAUAUAAAAUGAAUUAAUUUGUAAAUAAUAAUUAUUAAUGUCUUGAUUAUGUUAUUUCUUAUUCUCUUUUGUUGAUAAAUUUUUCGAGAAAAAAAUAUGAUUGAAAGUUAUACCGUCCUAAUAUUAUCUUAUACAUAAUUAAAAAUUUUUCACAUAUUUUACUAGUCGCUAUACUACAUACAUUUCACUGUUUUAAAAAACUUAAAAAAAAUCUGUUUCCUUGUUUUAUUAUUAAAUCAUUAGUAAGUUAUAUAAAAAGAUCGAGAAGAAUAUUUUACAAUAAAGGAUUUGUACUUAAAAAUUGAUAUCUUUGUUCAUUAAUUAUAAUUUUUCUAUCAUUGACUCAACUCGCUUUUGAGACUCUUCCAUUCGUUUGGUAUCAUUUUCGAUUUCAAUUGCUAGGUUUGUCUUCUUUUGCAUCCUGGCUCUAAAUCUUCGUCGUGACUCCUCGACGCACGGUAUUAGUUU